CAAACAGAAGAAGAAAAAGCAGAAAACAUGGAGGACACUAGAGGAGCUUCCACUCAUUCCCUUCUCACAGAUGAAUGCUACGCGGAUUUCCUGGUGGAGGAUUUUGACGUCAAGACGUACACGGCGCGUGCCAUUCAUCAUGCCGUCCUCGCGGAGCAGCUGGCCAAGCUGGCACAGGGCAUCAGUCAGCUGGACAAGGAGCUGCACAGCCAGGUCGUGGCCAGACAUGAGGACUUAUUGGCUCAGGCGACUGGGAUCGAGUCUCUGGAAGGAGUCCUUCAAAUGAUGCAAACAAGGAUCAGUGCUCUGCAGGCAGCAGUUGACAGAAUUAGAAUGAAGAUUGUUGACCCAUACACUAAGAUUGUAGCCAGGAUCACCCAACUGGCCAGAUUGCAGGUGGCCUGUGACCUGCUCAGAAGGAUUAUUCGCAUCUUGUUCCUGAGUAAGAGGCUGCAGGGUCAGCUUCAGGGGGGCAGCCGUGAGAUCACCAAGGCAGCUCAGAGCCUCAAUGAACUAGACUACCUGUCACAGGGGGUGGAUCUGAGUGGCAUCGAGGUGAUAGAGAAUGAGCUGCUGCUCAUCAGUAGAGCCAGGCUGGAGGUGGAGAACCAGGCCAAGAGGCUUCUGGAACAGGGCAUGGAGAUUCAGAAUCCAACUCAGGUGGGCACAGCCCUGCAGGUCUUCUAUAACCUGGGCAGUCUGAGAGAGACCAUCACCUCUGUAGUAGGUGGUUACCAGACCACCAUAAGGGACAACAUCACCAGUGCCCUGGACAUUAAGGGCCUGACCCAAGCAUCCACCCCCAGAGGGGCUCCAGGCAGGGCGGUGCUGCCCACACCAGGGAACACUGCAGGGUUCCGUGCUGCUCUGUGGACCAACUUGGAAAAACUGAUGGACCAGAUUUGCGCUGCAUGCAGACAGGUGCAGCAUCUGCAGACGGUCUUGAUGAAAAAAAGGGACCCUGUCAGUCACAUUUGUUUCAUUGAUGAAAUCAUCAAGGACGGUCAAGCUGACAUCCUCUACACCUUCUGGACAGAUGUGACCACCACACUGACCCAAGAGUUUUAUCGAGCAACCGAAGCCUCCUCCUUUCUGAAGCAGGCCUUUGAAGGAGAGUAUCCCAAACUACUAAGACUGUACAAUGAGCUGUGGCGCCGCCUGCAGCAGUACAGCAGCAGCCUGCAGGGGGCGGUGGUGAGCAGCGGCGGCGUGGACGGGAGCGUGGACAUGAGCUCUGAGACGGACGGACAGGACCUGUUCACACAUGGAAAACAGGAUUACAAUCCAGAGAAGGCUUUGAAGGACUCUCUGCAGCCGUACGAGGCCGCCUACCUUUCCAAGUCCCUCUCUCGUUUGUUUGAUCCCAUCAACCUGGUUUUUCCAAUGGGGGGCCGCAACCCGCCGUCCAAUGAUGAGCUGGACAGCAUCAUCAAGACCAUCAGCAGUGAGCUGAACGUGGCAUCUGUAGAUCUGAACCUGUCUCUGGCCGUUUCCAAAAACGCUGCCAAGACUGUCCAACUCUUCUGCGUCAAGUCUGAACAGCUGCUGUGUACUCAGGGCGACGCCAGUCAGGUGAUCGGUCCCUUAACCGAGGGUCAGAGGAGGAACGUGGCGGUGGUCAACUCCCUCUACCGUCUGCAGCAGGCUGUUGCCAAGAUUGUUUCAGGGUUGGGCUCGUGUCCUCCAGCAGCUGCCGAGGCCCUCGCUUCUUCUCUGGAGGACAUCCAGGCCCUGAUGAGCAGUGCGGUGCAGCCUCUCCUCCAGUCCGUGAGCGACUCCAUCGAGGCCAUCAUCAUCACAUUACACCAGGAGGACUUCUCAGGGUCUCUGUCCAACACGGAGAAGCCAGACGUGCCCUGUUCCCUCUACAUGAAGGAGCUGCAGGGCUUCAUCUCCAGAGUGAUGGCCGACUACUUCCGCCACUUCCAGUGUGCAGACUUUAUCUACGAGAGCACCGAGGCCAUCGCUCAGAGGGCCAUCGAGCUGUUCGUACGUCACGCCAGCCUCCUGCGACCGCUGGGAGAGGGCGGCAAGAUGAGGCUGGCAGCGGACUUCGCACAGAUGGAGAUGGCGGUGGCUCCUCUGUGCAGGAGAGUGUCUGAUCUGGGGAAACCUUACAGAAUGCUGCGCUCCUUCAGGCCCCUGCUGUUUCAGACCAGUGAACUCAUUGUCAACAGUCCAGUGGUUGGAAACCUGAUCCCUUAUAGUGUACUGCUGCAUUUCCUCUUCACCAGAGCUCCAUCAGAGUUAAAGUCUCCACACCAGAGAGCUGAGUGGUCGGUUGCUCGGUACUCCCAGUGGCUGGACGACCAUCCGUCUGAGAGAGACCGUCUGACCCUCAUCAGGGCGACUCUGGAGGCCUACGUCCAAUCAGUGAGGGCUCGGCAGGGGAAGGAGUUCGCCCCCGUGUAUCCCAUCAUGCUUCAGCUGUUCCAGAAAGCCACUGUCGGCUCACAGGCCUAGGAGGCGUGGCCUAGGAGCCAGAGGAGGCGUGGCCUAAGAGCCUGAGGAAGCAGGUUUGCUCUGAGGGAUUUAAAGGUGCAGUAGAGAAAGACUGACCCAUGAAGAGAACAUUGACCCAGGAGAACUGGACUGUGUGUGUGUGUGUGGGGG